AUGGAUAUUACACUCCAUGCAUGUUAUGUAUGUCAAACUAACAGAAUUCUUAUUCUUAUUCCUUUCACAGGACUGUUGCCUAAACCCAACAUUACUGUCAAUCCAGAGGUUGUGGGGCAAGGACACAAUGUUACUUUACGAUGUGAGAUUCCAGAUAGAGAAUAUACAGUUUUUUCAUGGUAUAAGGACAACCAGAGUAUUAACUGUAGUGCUGGCUUUAGAUGCAGUGAGGACAGCCCAGACUUACACAUAUCAUUCGCAGAAGAAAAUGAUGAAGGGAAUUACAGCUGCUCUGUGACAAACCCAGUGAGCAAUAAUACAAGUGAUGCAGUGGAACUUAAGGUGUAUGCACUGUUAUCUAAACCCAAUUUUACUGUCAAUCCAGAGGUUGUGGAACAAGGACACAAUGUUACUUUACGAUGUGAGAUUGCAGAUAGAGAAGAUACUGUUUAUUCAUGGCAUAAGAACAACCAGGGUAUUAACUGUAGUGCUGGAAUUCGAUGCAGUGAGGACAGCCCAGACUUACAUAUACCACUCGCAGAAGUAAAUGAUGAAGGGAAUUACAGCUGCUCUGUGAAAAACCCAGUGAGCAAUAAUACAAGUGAUACAGUGGAACUUAAGGUGUAUGUUCGUGUAUCUAAGCCCAUAGUCACAGUCACACCUGAAGUAGUAAAGGAAGGAGACAAUGUUACCUUGAACUGCAACACAACAGCAGGGAAUCAUCUGACUUACACCUGGUACAUAAACAGCAGUGAACCUAAGUGUGGUGACCACUAUGAGUGCAGCAAUGAAAGCUCAGAGCUCAUCAUAAAAGCUGCAAAGCCUGCAGAUGCAGGGAACUAUAGCUGCACUGCACAGAAUCGACUUAAUAAUGAGACUAGUGAUUUUACCAGUAUGACAGUUUAUUAUGGCCCUACAUCUCUGACUCUGCAUAUACCUGCUGAUACUUGUCCUAAUGACUGGAUAGACUGGUUCAAGGUUCCAGAAGCAGUAUGUGUACAUGAAAACUCAAGUCUGAAAAUGUCGUGUGAAGCUCAGUCACUACCUCAAAGUAAUUACAGCUGGUCUUUCAGUAAUGCCACAUAUACUGGUGUCCUUAUUGAAGCAAGUGAAGUAGAGAUGUAUAACUUUAACAAGGAAAAUGAUGGAAACUACACUUGUACAGCAAGCAAUGAUGUUACUGGAAGGGACAGCAGCCAGUCAAGAUAUUUAAUCACAUAUCGUAAGUACCAUAAUUUGGGCUUCUGA